AUGCUGGAUCAUCCGUGCCUGCCCUGCCUCGCAGGCGCCCUUUGUCUUAUCGGCUGGCGUCAAGCAAAGGCUCGCCUAAAGAACGACAAGGCAGGAGUGAGCAGCCAGCCUCCAGCAAAAGCAGAGCAACCAGAUCCCAAGCCGCCCAAGCAGCAACAGCAGCCAAAGGAGCAGGCGCAGGAGGCGCCGUCUAAGCCGUCCAAGCCUGCUUUUCAGUCGCGCUCGGAGGCUGAAGUCAAACAAAGUGUUGACACCUGGGACAAGCAACUACAUUCCCGUGCGCACAGCUUCUAUCGGGGUGAGGAACAGAAUUUGUCUGCUGUGCUGGAAACCCUGGCACGCGCUACAGACAAGACGUCGGACCCCAUCCUCAAGGACCAGUGCUGCCUUUGGCAUGGAGAGGUCGGAGAGGUGAAGCACACCAAGCACGCCACCAUCAAGAUGGCGAAGCCGGGUGGCAGGGAGGCCUCCGUAACGUACGUCAGCCGGGUACUGAUCUUCUUGUUUGCCAGUGAUGAGGGCUUCGACAGGUGGAUGAAACUGCCAAAGAAGCCAUUCAAGAUGCGGUGCGGCAACCAGCUGUGCGUGUCGCUUGCCUGUAUCACGGAGGAAUGCCACCCCUCAUGA